CAACUGCUAAUUUGGUGAUGACUGCAGUUGGUGUUGGAGUCCUUGCCUUACCAAACGCAGUAGCAUUAGCUGGUUGGGUUGUUGGGCCUCUACUACUACUGCUAGCCUGGGCGUUAACACAUUUUAUGAUGUGUUUGUUGUGGCGGUGUAU